UCUUCGAUCCUUUCCACCGUCAUGAAGAAACAAUCUGCAAAAUGGCCUCCUCUAGCCGAAGGCUACAUCUGCGAUAUAAUAUCUAUCGUUCACAAUUUUAUCAGCACGGCCAUGACAAUAUCCUGUCGCGAUGACGUACUACACUCAAAUAUUCUCUCGUUUUUGAUGGAUGGCCUAAUUGAGAGGUAUCAGAAAUCUCUUUCAAUGACGGGUUUUCUCCUGAAAAUUGAGAGAGAGGGAACACCGAUGAGUCAAAAUCAUUACUUAAAUAGUUAUUUACAAAAGUGUCGCCAGGAACGAAUUGCGUCUGCUGUUAAGAAGACUUCAUUCUCUGUGGAUAUGCAUGAUGGCUCAAAACGGGAUUGUUAUCAAGUUUCUGAUCUUGCGAGAAUCCAUCACAUGGGUAAUUUUAAACAGACGGUCGAGGAUAUCCAUGACAUUCUGAAAUCAUACUACAAGGUCGCACGAAAAGGAUUUGUUGACAAUGUGUGCAUGCAAGCGGCGGACUUUUAUCCGGUCACUGAACCCGAGGCCCCGAUGAAUAUAUUAUAA